CUUGAACGAUAGAAUCGCAUAUUUUUCCAAAUUUUUUUUUUUUCAAUCCUUUUCGUGCAUUGGAAGGAAACUGGUGCCGAAUCUAGGGUUUUCGCUCUUCUCGAAUUUCCGGAAAUUAGGGUUUUUAGAUUGGCGGAUAUGAACCCUAGCUUUUCGAAAAUUCCCGGCAAAUUCCAGCAGCAAGAGAGGUAGGGUUUUGAUCGAUAUUGGAGAGAGAAUACUCAAUCCUGGCACGAAUGGUAAAUGAUCAAGAACCGAUGGGCAAUCUUCUCGAUCUUUCUGAGCUUGGCGUUGGGCGGAGCACGGACGACGUUGAUAUGGACGACGAAGAAGAGGUACCGACGCACCUGAACACGAUCAACAGCUCGGGCGGGUUCCACGUGGUGUCGCCGGAUAAGCUAUCUGUCCAAUACACCAGCAGUAAUUUGCACGGGCAUGACGUUGGAGUCGUGCAGGCGAAUUGCCCAGCUCCUUCGAAGAAGUUGAUGUACUACUUCGAGAUAUUCGUGAAGAAUGCAGGGCAAAAGGGUCAGAUUGCGAUCGGUUUCACCAAUGAACAUUUCAAGAUGAGGAGACAGCCCGGUUGGGAAGCAAAUAGCUGUGGAUAUCAUGGGGAUGAUGGGCUGCUUUACCUCGGGCACGGAAAGGGAGAAACCUUUGGCCCGACAUUUACAUCUGGUGAUACUAUUGGUGGUGGCAUUAACUAUGCUUCACAAGAGUUCUUUUUCACUAAAAAUGGAAAGCUUGUUGGAACAGUACCGCGCAAGGAGGUUAAGGGCUCCUUGUUUCCUACCAUUGCCGUUCACAGCCAAAAUGAGGAGGUGAAUGUUAACUUCGGGCAGCAACCAUUUGCUUUCGACAUUGAGGCUUUUGCAUUGGAGGAAAGACUAAAACAACAAAUGCUGAUUGAAAAGAUAUCUUUGCCACUUAGCGUUAGUCAUGGGAUCGUUCGCUCCUAUUUGCUACACUAUGGGUAUCAAGAUACACUUAAUUCAUUUGACACAGCAAGUAAAAGUACGCUUCCUCCUAUUCCCGUAGCACAAGAAAAUGGUGUUGCUGAACAAGGAGACAUGUAUGCACUUAGCCAUCGAAAGAUUCUUCGUCAGCUCAUCAGGAAUGGAGACAUUGAUUCUGCAUUGGACAAGCUUCGGGGAUGGUAUCCACAUCUUGUGCAGGAUGACACAUCAAGUAUUUGCUUUCGUCUUCAUUGCCAAAAAUUUAUUGAACUUGUUCGGGUUGGGCACCUGGAGGAUGCUGUGAAAUAUGGACGGGCUGAACUGGCGAAAUUUUUUGGGGUAGCAUCAUUCCAGGGUCUACUUCAGGACUGCAUUGCAUUGCUGGCGUAUGAAGAACCUCUGAAGUCAUCUGUCGCAUAUCUCCUCGGCAUGUCCCAGCGAGAUGCCGUAGCUGAUGCUGUAAAUGCCGUGGUGUUAUCAACAAACCCCGACCUGAAAGAUUCACAGAGUUGCUUGCAAUCUUGCCUUGAGAAUCUGUUGCAGCAGCUGACGGCUUGCUGCUUGGAAAGGCGGGCAUUGAAUGGGGAUCAAGGGGAGGCAUUCAAUCUGCACAGAGUCCUAAAAACUGGGAAGCGGGGUAAGCGGUAGUUUGCAUAUUCCACUGGUUCAUCUUCUGAUAUUCUUCCCUUUGCUCUCGUGGCCAGCUGACCUUUAUUUGCAGACUACACUUUAUCUGAUAGAAUUAGAUUUGGCUGUAGCAUCUACUAUAGAGAGGCCCUUGUAGUUUAGCUGUCUCCUACAGUAAUUCCUGAUUCUGUUCUAGAUAUAUUGAGAAGGGGUUCCAAUAUCCAUCUGUAAGUGCUCUGUAAUUGAGAUUGAUGAAUAAAAUCUCUUAAAAUGAAAUCAUGCAUGAUGAUUGUUCCUGCUA